CUGAGGUCCAGGCAGCCAUUAAUAUUUCCUUUUUUAUUUCACUAGCAGUAAUGCUUCCCGUAAUAUCAAUGGCGUCCUGAUGCCUCAAAUGGUCAGUGCGCCUGCGCAUUUCUUUUUUUUUUCCUCUCCACUAUUUUGAUUGGCUGUCCAGCCUCGAGCUCUCUGAUUGGCUGUUGUUGGACCUGGAACCGUGAUCCUGUGUGCGCAUGCGCCCCGUGCUUUCGGGCUCUGUUAUCAGGUAGGGGGCGGGUUUAGUAAUCGGAGUCCGUUGAUUGGCUGGCGGGGUUGACAUGUCCCCGCCCCUCCCGUGUCCUCAGCUUCAUGGACGGUGACGCAGGAUCAGCCUGACGUCCUUGUGUGCGGAGACGGAGAGAGAAGGACGAGCUCCCGGGGCGGACAGACCGGACUCCAUCCUGACAUACGGUUCAGAUGUCCUCGUAGUUAUGGAGCACAGGUGAGGUCUUCAACAUGGCGUCUACUGGGAGGUGGUCAGAACAGGGGAUCGAGAACCGUUCCCACCGCGCAGAAUGACCGCUGGACUCCACCGGUAAUAAAGCCAUUGUAUCGGAUAAGGCGGAACGCCGCACCGUCCCGCCGCCAUGAGGUUCACCACGGUGGAUUACAUCAUCUUUGCGCUGCUGCUGAUCCUGUCCUCGGCCAUUGGGCUGUUUUACGCGCUGAGCGGAGGGAAGCAGCGCACCACUCAGGAGUUCCUGCUGGCCAACCGCAGCAUGGGCUUCCUCCCGGUGGCACUGUCUCUCCUUGCCACCUUCCAGUCUGCGGUGGCCAUCUUGGGGGUUCCGUCGGAGAUCUACCGGUUCGGCACAGAGUACUGGUUCCUCGGCUGCUCCUACAUCCUCGGGCUGCUCAUCCCAGCAUACAUAUUCAUACCAGUCUUCUACCGGCUGCGGCUCACCAGCACCUAUGAGUACCUGGAGUUACGGUUUAGUAAAAUCGUGCGAAUCUGCGGAACGGUAACCUUCAUAUUUCAGAUGGUUAUCUAUAUGGGGGUGGUCCUGUACGCUCCAGCCCUGGCCUUUAAUGCAGUGACCGGCUUCAGCCUCUGGGGGGUGGUACUGACUAUGGGACUGGUGUGCACACUCUACACCACACUGGGUGGGCUGAAGGCGGUGAUCUGGACAGAUGUCAUUCAGACCCUGGUGAUGUUUGCGGGGCAGCUGGCGGUCAUCAUUGUGGGUACGGCCAAGGUUGGCGGCAUACACGAGGUGUGGAACGUGUCUUUGGCGAAUGACAAGAUCUCCGGGAUAAACUUUAACCCGGACCCAUUCACGCGCCAUUCUAUAUGGUCUCUUGGCAUCGGGGGCAUUUUCCUAAUGUUAUCCCUGUAUGGGGUGAACCAGGCGCAAGUGCAGAGAUAUCUCAGCUCCCGAACAGAGAAGGAAGCCAUCCUGUCAUGUUACGUGGUCUUCCCCUGUCAGCAGUUGGUCCUGGCUCUGGGAUGUCUGACCGGGUUGGUGAUGUUCGCUUAUUACCAGAAGAAUGAAAUCCAGGACCCAGAAAUUAUUGCCGUCCCAGACCAGAUGGUUCUGUACUUUGUCAUGGACAUCCUGCAGGACUUCCCUGGCCUCCCCGGACUGUUUGUGGCCUGUCUCUUCAGCGGGGCCCUCAGCACCAUCUCCUCCGCCUUUAACUCUCUGGCUACAGUGACCAUGGAGGACCUGAUCAAACCGUAUUACCCCAACCUCACCGAGUCACGGGCAACUCUGCUCUCCAAGUGUCUGGCCCUGACCUACGGUCUCCUCUGCCUGGGAAUGGCCUACAUCUCCUCCCUGAUGGGCUCCGUGCUGCAGGCCGCCCUCAGUAUUUUUGGCAUAGUCGGAGGACCCCUGCUGGGCAUCUUCUGCCUGGGAUUCUUCUUCCCCUUCACCAAUUCCAUUGGCGCUGUCACAGGUCUGUUGGCCGGGCUCAUCAUGGCGUUCUGGAUUGGCAUUGGUAGCUUUGUGGACAGAAUGGCCACCGGCGCCUCCUCCCCCGUCCUGAACAUCACCAGCGCUCCGGAUAUGGGGAACCUCACCACCACCGUCAUGACCACACUGCUGACGUCCGCUAACGCCACCAAGAGCCUGACCGGCCUGAAGAGGUUCCACGCGUUGUCCUACAUGUGGUACAGCGCCCAUAACUCCACCACCGUGGUCAUCGUGGGCAUCAUCGUCAGCCUGCUGACCGGUCCGAUGAAGGGGAGAGACGUGGACCCCCGCACAGUGUACCUCGUCCUGCCCAGACUGCUGUUCUUCCUGCCGGAUACAUACAAGGAGCGGCUGAGGUUCGGGGUGCCCCACAUUGCUGAGGUAGGGGAGCGUCACUCCUCCAGGCUCCUGAAGGAUAAGCCAAACCUCAUCAUAGAGGAUAAAUCCUGCAAUGGCUUCUUGAACGGGAAUGUGAAGGAAGCAGAGAAAGACGACAUGGAAGAGAACUACCCCGGCUUCUCCCGACCAGAGGGCGGACAUUCAUACAUUGUCCAGGAGACCUCCCUGUGAUUGUACCCAAGACACCUGGCAACACAGAGGCCAGCGGGUCUGUGCCCUGAGGAGCUUCUGGGUCCUCUCCGGAUGGUGAGGAGGAUGAUGAUGGUGAUGCGCUGAGAACCUCAGAGGAUGGAGCCUGGAGACGUUGUUGGGUAUCGAUGACCAUCCAUUCCAUCAGUUCCCAGCGUUGUCCUCUUUUUUUGUGGUUCCUUCAGCACAUUAUGUAAUGGGGCGGCUGCCGGCUGUUAGGGUCCAGUUCCUGGAUGAGAUCUUCACUGUCGCCAUACUGCUGGUUAUCGGGGGGUAACAUCUCGUAUUGCAGCUGGUUGUAAUACAUCACCAUCUCAGAACACGUCACCAGGACAGACCUGAUAAUCGAUCUCCAUGACAAGGACUCAUCUCAGUCAGGUGGUGGUAUCCUCAAUCCUGCAUAUUAAGAGAGUCCGUCCUGCUGAUGUGUAACCCUCCAUGUCUGAUCCUCCUCCAUCGAUAGAUUUAGCGGUGAUCCCACUGAUGCUGAUCGGUUCUUAGUCUUGAGCUGGACUCGAGGUUUUCACAAGUGACCUGUCUACUGUGACUUCUUGCCACCUGUUGACUUUAUACUAUUAUUCUGUGUUCGGCGCCAAACUGCAAUUUUGUGUCCAAAUGUGUAUGUCCAGUAAGAGGUCGUAUGAAGAGUCCGUGGUGGGUCGUGUGCCAACAGUUCAGUUGUGUACGCUUUGCCUUCAUCUGUUGCCCGUGGUUAUGACCAGAUCUUCACCCCUCAGCGUCUUAUUUCGGGCCAAUCCAUGAACUUCUGAAGUUGACACUGGUUGUAAUACCACGCACAACCUGAGGACAGGUGUGGUGCUGUUUUUGUAUUCCUGGAGAACCAGUCUUUCAUCAUCUACCAUUGAGGCCUUGAGUCUUUCAAGAGGUCGUCCAACAUCAGGUCAAUAGUAAGACUAACGUCCUUAACCGUGACAUCACAGCCACGCCCCCUCGUGAUGCCACGCCCCCUCCAUUUAUGUCUAUGGGAGGGAGUGUGUCUCUGACACACCCCCUCCCAUAGACAUGAAUGGAGGGGGAGUGACUUCAUGAUGGGGCAUGGCCGCAAAUCCUUUAUCCUUUGGAUUGGGGAUAAGAUGUCUAGCAGUGGAGUUCCCAUUUUUAAAAUGGGUUAUCCAGGAAUAGAAAAACACCCCUACAGCUGUCCUUAGGUUGUGUGUGGUAUUACAACUUGGCUCCAUUCACUUCAGUGGAACAGAGCUGCAGUACCACAUACAACCUGAGGACAGGUGUGGUGCUGUUUUUCUUUUCCUGGAUAACCCAUUUAAGGUCCUCCAUCAUCUACCGCCGAGGCCUUUAAAGAGUACGGGUCAUCAAACUAUAUUUUCUAAACAAACUCAGAUUAUAUUCCCUAACUACUCCUAACACGCCUCCUGGCCUCAAAAUUUUUUCCGAGCUUUAAAAAGCUUUGUAUCAUGCGUUCCCCCGCAGGCGCAACGUCACUGAAGCCUGCGGGAGCGGUGCCUCGUCAUGCCCCGCAUGCACUUUCUGAGUUUGGACUUCUGCAAGUCCAAGUGGAGACCAAACUAACUGUUUGACUUGCAUCAGGGAACAGAACAGAGCCACCUAGUGGCCGUUUUUUUAGUCACGGGAAAAACUUAUAAAGGUUGAGAAUUUUAAUAGCAAGUAAAUAGCAAAGUGUCUUAUAAUUAAGGCAUAAUAUAUUAAAAGUUUUAGUUUGGUGACAGGUACUCUUUAAGGCCGCAUUCACACCUCGUUUUUAUGUUACGGGUGCCGGAUCCAUUUACUUCACCGUUUGACCCAGGUCGGCACAUUUUUGACCCGUAUCCGGUUUUGUAACCGGGCCGAAAUCCAUAGUAUACUACGGUUUUAGGUCCGGUCAGGAAACCGCAUACGGGUCAAAAAAUGAGCCAACCGGAGUCACCGUUUGAUUCCGGUCGGCUCAUUAAAGUUAAAUGGAUUUCCGCACUGGUACGGGAGAGCCUGGUUUGCCCCUCCCCCAGCCGGCAACCGUAACGUAAAAACGAGGUGUGAAUGCAGUCUUACAAUUGUCCUGAUGUAGGAGGAUUUCUUGACUGUUAAGUUGUCCUUGUACUCUCCACCAUGAGGUGGCCCGACCUUCGGAGCUGGCCACAGACUUCAGUGCAGAUCCUUGGCUACUUCAAGAACUCGGCUAACUUGACGUCUCUCCAGAAAGUAACGGUAUUGUCUUUGAAAUUCAGUCAAGAACUGGAAUUACUGUCCAUUUCAGUUGGAUGACCAACUACUAAAGGUCCUGUCCAGCUGAGCACCAGCCUUACUUAUUUGGUCAAGUUGGAAAUUUGAAAGCCAAAGGUCAGUUGGGACUUCAGCUGUGUAGACCCUUGGUUACUUGAAGAACUCUCUCCAGAAAGUAGCAUCAAGAACUGGAAAUUACAGUCCAUUUCAGUUGGAUGACCACCUGCUAAGUCCUGUCCAGCUGGACACUAGUCUACUACUUCGGUUAAGUUAGGAACUCUACAGCCAAAGGUUGGUUGUGACUUCGGCCAUGUAGACCCUUGGUUACCUGAAGAACCUGGCCAACUUGACAUCUCUCCAGAAAGUAGCAUCAAGAACUGGAAUUACAGUCCAUUUCAGCUGGAUGACCACCUACUAAGUCCUGUCCAGCUGAACACUAGUCUUACUACUUCGGUUAAAGGGGUACUCUGCUGCUCAGCAUUUGGAACAAACUGUUCUGAACGCUGGAGCCGGAGCUGGCCCCGCCCUCUCAUGACGUCAUGCACCGCCCCCUCAAUGCAAGUCUAUGGGAGGGGGCGUGCCAGUGUCACGCCCCCUCCCAUAGACUUGCAUUGAGGGGACGGGGCGUGAUGUCAUGAGGGGGCGGGGCUAUGACAUCACUAGCUUCCGGCUCCAGCUUUCCAAACGCUGAGCAGUGGAGUUACCCCUUUUUGGUUAGGAACUCUACAGCCAAAGGUUGGUUGUGACUUCAGCCAUGUAGACCCUUGAUUACCCGAAGAACCUGGCCAACUUGACAUCUCUCCAAAAAAUAGCAACACUAUCUCCGAAAUUCAGUAAAGAACUGGAAUUACAGUCCAUUUCAGCUGCUAAAAGUCCUGUCCAGCCGUACACUAGUCUACUACUGUGGUCAAGUUGGCAACGCUGAAGCCAAAGGCCAAGUUGAGCUUUACCUCAGAUACCCUGAGGACGAGAUCAUGGACGGUGUUUGUCCAUUAACGUUGGGUGAUGUCCUUCUAAGAGAGAUUAUGUUUCUGCCAAAAAGUUUCUCUAGUGGGGAAAAAAAAGCCUCCAGUCACCUUCUUCUCAACUUCUUGUCGGGUCUCCUCUUCGUUUACCGGUUGAGUCUCUUUAAUAUUUUCUCGCUGAUCCUGACUUUUAUGAUGUCUUCUACUCCAGUGAACUCAAAGCCAGAGUGAACCUUCUGCCAGCCCCUUCUUGGAUCCGGUUAGCCAUGAUCCUCACCAUGUGGACAGUCGUGUAUCUUGAGAGCUCGACCUCCAUGGCCAUCUGAGCUCCCAGCAUGCACUGCUGUCUGUUAACUGGAUGUGACUGGGGUAUAAGGGGUUUUGUAAUUUUUGGGGUUCCUCUGGCCUUUUGUAACUUAUUGUGGAUUUUUUAUUUUUUUGUUUUCAUUAGUUUUUUUUCUUGUGUACAAUCAAACUUUGACCAAUGAAAAUUUUAUUUAUUUCCGGAUGGUUAAAUGGCGUAAAAUUAUUAUAAAAAGAAAAUAGUACAAAUAUGUAUUUUGUUAUAAUUGUUUGAAUUAUGGCGUCAAAUUGGCAAAAAUUUUAAAAAAUGUAUGAUUGUUUAUGAAGUGCAAGAAAUCUCGCCUGUUGCCAUAGAUGGCGGCAGUAAUCAGAAAUGGUGCUGAUCAUUGUAUAAGGUAUUAUAUGGGACUUUGUCUCAGGGAAUGGGAUAGUGAAGGUUGGACCCUCUGGAGCAAAAUUGAGGAACUCUAACUCCAAUGCCUUUUGUGUGUCUCCUGUCUGGGCGACCUACAGUAGAAUGCUGGUAAAAAUUUACAGGGAGUUCAAUCUACUGUACAGGGGACUGUCUUCAUUUAGCACUCUUGUCUAGGCUCCUACAGGAAGUUCCAUCUACAGUACAGGGGACUGUCUUUAUUUAGCAGUCUUGUCUAGGCUCCUCCUACAGGAAGUUCCAUCUACAGUACAGGGGACUGUCUUUAUUUAGCAGUCUUGUCUAGGCUCCUCCUACAGGAAGUUCCAUCUACAAUACAGGGGACUGUCUUUAUUUAGCACAGUCUUGUCUAGGCUCCUACAGGAAGUUCCAUCUACAGUACAGGGGACUGUCUUUAUUUAGCACAGUCUUGUCUAGGCUCCUCCUACAGGAAGUUCCAUCUACAGUACAGGGGACUGUCUUUAUUUAGCACAGUCUUGUCUAGGCUCCUCCUACAGGAAGUUCCAUCUACAGUACAGGGGACUGUCUUUAUUUAGCAGAGUCUUGUCUAGGCUCCUCCUACAGGAAGUUCCAUCUACAGUACAGGGGACUGUCUUUAUUUAGCACAGUCUUGUCUAGGCUCCUCCUACAGGAAGUUCCAUCUACAGUACAGGGGACUGUCUUUAUUUAGCACAGUCUUGUCUAGGCUCCUCCUACAGGAAGUUCCAUCUACAGUACAGGGGACUGUCUUUAUUUAGCACAGACUUGUCUAGGCUCCUCCUACAGAAAUUCAGUCUACAGUACAGGGGACUAGGAAGAAAUGCCAGCGAGGUAUAGCGGAUCCCAGGUUUAUUAAAUGUA